AUGUCAGACAAUAAUCAUUCUACAUCUAUAUCUGAAAACAAUAACAGUAGCAGUAGUAGUGAUAAUAACAACAAUGUAGAUUCAAUUUUAAAAGAUAUUAUUCUUUCUUCACCAACAACAACAACAACAUCAACAACAUCAAACAUUGAUACUACUACACACAUUGAUGACCCAAUUACAACAUUAUCAUCACCAUCAUCUUCUUCUUCAUCUAAUCAAUACAAUACAACAACAACAAUAGAUUAUAAUAAUAAUAAUAAUAAUAAUGACAAAUUACAACAACAAGAAGAACAAAUAGAGAAAUUAAAUAUAGAAGAAAGAUUCAACAAUUUAAGCAAAGUUGAAGUAUUUCACAAUGGAGAUGAAGUCAUCUUUAUACCUAGAAACACGUUUGAGGCCAGUGCAUCCGAUGCAAAGUUUCAACUAUCACGUAACGAUAUGAUCACCAAAGGUGAAUCAUUUGCCUUUUUAACAGAGUUGCCAAGCAACCUAUCAUGUACACCAUUUUUAAAAUCAUUCUUUUCUUGUUAUACACCAGUUGGAUUUUUACGUAAUUACUAUCGAUAUGGAGGCAAUCAUUGUGAUGCAGAGGCACAAAACUUUAGAGAUUGUACAUUAUUAUCAAUGACAUUUCCAAACAAUAGACCCCAGAAAUUUGAAAAGAUACUCAAAGAGAGAGAAGAUAUAGCCGAUAAAUUCUAUCAGGAUCAUGUUUGGAAGAGAAGAUCGGCCACCAACCCCAAUUGGAAAUCAUUAUUUUGUCAACAACAACAACAACAACAAACAAAUACAGACUCUAAUUAA